AUGGUUGUUUCUUUUAUUUUUAUUUACCUAGGAGAAGUUAAUGAAUGUUUUGGUCGUCAAACAUCCUUUACUAUUGUUAUCAUUCGUCAUCAAAGACGUUUGCUUUUGACCGUCUAUCUUGGUAUAAUGGCAAAAGGAACAAAUAAACCAUUUUCCAUUUUAUCCACUCGUCAGAUAACUCACACACGUCUUUAUGAUGAUGGAAUACUCGAAACAAAAUACGAUGUUGCAAAUAAAUUAGGUGAAGGUUCAUUUGGAACUGUUUAUCGUGUUAAAAAUAAAGAAACAAAUUUAUUUUAUGCUAUGAAAACAAUUGCUAAAAAACCUGGAAAUAAAUUUAAAGCGUCAAGUCUUGAUAAUGAAGUUAAAUUAUUAAAAGAAGUUAAUCAUCCGAAUCUAAUUCAACUUCAUGAAGUACUUGAAUCAUCUCAGAAUCUUUAUUUAAUCGUUGAAUUAUGUGAAGGUGGUGAAUUAGGUAUGCAUCUAAAAAAAAUUGGUCCAUUACCAGAAGAAACUGUUAAACAAAUUAUGUCGAAAUUAGUCAGUGCUUUGUAUUAUCUUCAUAAAAUGGAUAUUGUACAUCGUGAUCUUAAAUUAGAAAAUAUUUUAUUAAAAAAUACUCCAAAAAGUAAAACAGAUGAAUUUGAUAUUCGAGUUACUGAUUUUGGCUUAAGUUCAAAAAAGAGUAUUACUAAUACUGAUUCACUUUUUAACGAUUAUUGUGGAACGCCACUUUAUAUGGCACCAGAAAUACUCGACAACAAAAAUUAUAGUGCUCUUUGUGAUGUAUGGGCUUUAGGAAUUAUAAUGUAUUAUUUAAUUUGUGGUCGUCAUCCUUAUGUUGCUAAUGAUGAAAGACGUUUACUUGAAAUAAUUCGUUCGCAAAAACUUCGAUAUGAUUCUGAAAAAUUUAAAAAUUUAUCUUCAGAAGGACUUGAUUUUUUACAAGGAAUGCUUGUUUAUGAUACAGUUCAUCGUCGAACGAUGGGUGAAUUAACUGUACAUCCAUGGUUAACGGGUCGAUCAGAUAAAGGACCAGCUAAAGAUAUAAUAACAAUGAUGAAAGAAUUUCAAGCUGAAAAUGAACGACGUCGAACAAUGUCAGAAAACAAUCCUACAACAUUAUUAAAUGCAAGUAGUAAUGAGAUAAUAUUGCAAUCAUCAUCAAAUGAUCAAUCGGAAACACUAUUACCUUCAACUCCAACUAAACAAAAUCAUGCUAAUCAUCAAAUAAAACCAACAUCAAAUCAAAUUAAAGCUAAUACACCAGAACGACGAUCAACUGCUGAUCGAACUAAAUUAAAUGUUAAAACAAAUAGAUUUACAUCUGAUACUCUUAAGACACCGAGACGUUCAAACAAUGUCGCACAUGAAUCAAAUGUUACUUCAUCUAAUAUUCAUGUACGAAUUAAACAGAAUGAAAGAACAUUGAAUUUGACUGAUUCUAAUCAAUCACGCCAAAAAUCGAAUACUCCAUCUGUUCCUCCAUCGUCAACAACAUUAUCGAAAUUGCGGACAAAUAACAUUCAAUUUGGUCGUUCUCAGUCUCAAGCUGAUUUAUUAUCGUCCCCUAAAUUAACACACAAACGAACAAUAUCUAAUAAUUCACUUGUGGUUGGUGCUUUUCCUUCUCCGUCUACUCCAACACCACCUUCCAGUGGUCAUAUAACGCCAACUCUUAGUAAAACUCCACCUUCUUCCACAACAACUGCUUUAAUGAUGAUUCAUAAAAAUCAUUCAAAGAAUUCCUCUUCAUCUCUUCCAACUAUUUCUAGCCGUCAUGAUCAUGCAAAUAAAAUAUCUCUGUCCGAUAAACGAUAUAGUAAUCACACAUAG